GGAGCCGGCCCGCUCAGCCUGAUUUACGGCUCUGCUGAAAACCGCUUCGCUCCCGCGGCGUCAGCACCGGCGGCGGCGGCUGCAGCGGCAGCAACAAGUCGGGACUUUUAGAGUAAUGCAACAGAAGGCUUUUGAGGAAAGCAGAUAUCCCUGGCAGGAGUCCUUUGAGAAUGUUGCUGUGUGCCUGCCAUUCCGCUGCCCGAGGUGUGGAGACCAUACUAGAUUUAGAAGCUUGUCGUCCUUGAGGGCCCAUCUGGAAUUCAGUCAUAGCUACGAAGAAAGAACCCUCUUGACAAAAUGCAGCCUCUUCCCUUCCUUCAAAGACACAGACCUAGUCACUCCCUCAGAACUGCUGAAGCAGGGAAAAUUGCAGGGCAGUGGCCACGUGGUGAAGCAGAAACCGAGCUAUGUUAACUUAUACAGUGUUUCGCAUGAACACUCCAAGGACAGGAAGCCAUGUGAGGUGGUGGCAGAGAGGCCCGUGUCCUACGUGCAGACGUACACUGCCAUGGACCUGCGCGCAGACUCGUUGGAUGGACCACGGUCGAGCCCCGGACUUCCCACCUCGGACACCAAAGCUGCUUUUGAGGCACAUGUUAGAGAAAAAUUCAAUCGGAUGGUGGAGGCGGUGGAUAGGACCAUCGAGAAGAGAAUCGAUAAACUCACCAAAGAGUUGGCCCAGAAGACUGCUGAACUGUUGGAAGUUCAGGCAGCUUUUGUGCAGCUGACUCAGAAAAAGCAGGAAGUUCAGAGGCGAGAGCGGGCCCUGAACAGACAGGUGGACGUGGCCGUGGAAAUGAUAGCCGUGCUGAGGCAGCGCCUGACGGAAUCCGAGGAGGAGCUUCUGAGGAAGGAAGAAGAAGUUGUUACCUUCAACCAUUUCCUGGAAGCAGCGGCUGAGAAGGAGGUUCAAGGGAAAGCUCGGCUCCAGGACUUUAUUGAGAAUCUGUUGCAACGUGUGGAACUGGCGGAGAAACAGCUAGAGUACUAUCAAAGCCAGCAGGCCUCUGGCUUCGGCUGUGACCUCAGCGGGCACGUGCUUACAGAUAUCUCCUCAAAUAGGAAACCCAAAUGCCUAAGCCGAGGAUACCCACAUUCGGCGUGUAACCACCCUGAUCUCAAGACCCAUUUCCACCCAAAGGGAAGGAACUACCUGAAAAAAGCCAAGGAUGACAGAGUCAGCAUGCAGCCUACCAAGUCCAUUCACGAGCAGGCCGAGUCCUCAAGAGAAUUCUGCAGACCGCCAAAGAAAGGGGAGCUUCUGGGGUUCAGCCGGAAAGGCAACAUCAGGCCCAAAAUGGCUAAAAAAAAGCCAACAGCUAUUGUGAACAUCAUCUAAAAGGGUGGGUGGCUCUGGACCGUCAUCGCCAGGCAUUGCGGAGUGUUGUCCUGGGGCCAACACUAGUGUCCCAUGGUAGGACACAUUGGAGUAGCAAAGGGCAUAACACAUGCAAGCACCUCAAUUAACUGGAAUUUAACACAUGGUAAACUUGGUGAGCCAGAAUUUUAUUAGAACCCCCUUUUAGAAGCUUGCAAAUUUUAGAAAGAAUUGAAAAAAUGAAGGUUUUAAUAAAACUAAGAUCCAGCUCCUAAAAUAAUUGGCCCAGUCUCCAGUGGUUUUGGCACCUGGGCCUCUAUGCAGUGGUCAUUACUUCUCAGGAUCAAGGCCACACAAGAUGUCAGGCAUUGGGAGAAAAUUCAUCUGUGCCCACUGCUCUCUUAACUGUGAGGCAAGGAAUCAGAGUGUAAAGUUCUGUUAACAGCAGUGAAAUGAAAAUAUUUGCAUUCGUUUUUAGCCAUCCCCUCAGUUAAUUGGAAAUCCUCUAAGGCAGCGGUUCUCA